UAAAGUAGAAGGAUGGUGACCUUGGUCUCAUAUGCUAUCGUGCGCCCAUGGCCUUCUGUUUCGCUCUGCAGAAGCUUCACCCCCAUCUUCUUCUUCCUUCUUAGAUUCUCCGAUCGAUUUUUUUGUCUGAAAUUUUGAAUUAUCGAGUUCUGAGGAGAUCGGAAAUGGUUCCAACGGUGAUGGCGGAGCCCUGAUGUGCUCGGCAGUUGAAUAUCCAUGGCCUUCUCUGCCGCCGCCGCUCGCUCCAAUCUCCGGACCUCCUCUUCUCAACCCUACUGCAAGUUGUGCUCGCUUAGAUUUAGCACAAAGCAGAACAAAGUAGCUUUUAGAGCUACCACGGAAAGGAAAGGCUCUUCCUUGAGGGUUGUUCGAUCAGUCUUGAAUAACAGGAAGUCGAGCAUUAGUGACAAUGGAGCUUCUGAACCUGCAAGGAUUCUUCUCGAGAGGUUGUUUGCACAGACACAGAAACUGGAAGAGCAGAUGAACAGAAAUUCUCGUCAUCCUCAGGAUGUCCAGCUAGGAUUUAACCUUGAAAUCCUUGAGUCUGAUCUUCACGCUGCAUUGGCAGCACUGAAGAAGAAGGAAGAAGAUUUGCAGGAUGCCGAAAGAAAAGUUUUCUUUGAGCACUGUGCAUUGCACCGCACAAAGGAUGAGCUGGAGCAACGGGAGAAAGAAAUUGCUGCAGCUUCUUGCAGGUAUGAAAAAAUAGGGGAGGAAUUGAAGCAGGCUAAUCUUCGCCUAUCUUCUCAGGCCUGGCAUAUAGAGGACCUAAAGCUUCGGCUUAGAGAGAGAGAUCAGGAAAAUGCGGCUGCACAGUCGGCACUUUCUUUGAAAGAAGAGGAAUUGGAACAAAUGAGAAAUGAAUUGCUGAAAAAGAGUGAAGAAGCUGCUAAGUCCAAGUCUGAACUUGAAUCCAAGGCUCACCUGCUGAAUGAAGCCAAUGAAGUUGUCAAAAAACAAGAAGUUGAGAUUCAAGGACUCCGGAAAUCUCUGCAGGAGAAAGAAGCAGAAUUGGAAGUUUUUCAAAUGCAGAGGAAGAAUGAAGCGGAGAAACUAAAAGUUGCGGAGGACAAAUUGGAGAAGCGGACAAUGGAGUGGUUAUUGGCACAGGAAGAACUUAAUAAAUUAUCAGAGGAAGCAUCCACACGCACAGAAACUAAUGAAACUUUAGAGGAUUUCAGAAGAGUGAAGAAGGUUCUUGCUGACGUGAGGUCAGAGUUGGUUUCAUCUCAGAAAUCUCUGGCAUCUUCUAGACAGAAAAUGGAAGAUCAAGGGAAGCUUUUGGAAAACCAAUGGGAAGAACUUGAAGAACAGAAGGGAAGCAUUACGUCUUACUUAACAACUCUGAAAGAUGCCCAAAUAGAAUUACAGAGUGAAAGAUCAAAGCUUAGGGUUGCAGAGGCUCAAAAGAAUGCACUUGAACGUGACUUAUCCAUGGAAAAGGAGCUUAUGGAAGAUUUACAGGAGCUGUUGAAGAAAGAGAGGUACUCUUUGCAUCAGGCUAUCAAUGGGAUUUCUUCUCUCCAAAAUAAGCUAGACAAGAAAAACGCUGAAUUUGGGAAAAUGCGCAAUCUUCUGCAGGAUAAGGAGUCGGAAAUGGUGCAGGCUAAGAUCGCAAUUCAGCAUUUGAAAUCUGAGCGGGAUACCUUACAGGUUAUUUUGGAUGAGAAGGAUUCGGAACUUUUGAAUGCAAGGAAUAAGCUUGAGGAAGUAAAUAAUGAAGUUGCAGAGCUCAAGAUGCUACUGAACAGUAAAGAGGACCAGCUUAUUCAAGCAACUACUCUGCUCAAGGAGAAAGACGAACAUGUAAACAUGAUGCAAAAUGAGUUGAACGAUACGAAGCUCAAAUAUUCAGAAGCUGAAACUGUGGUAGAACGGAUUGUGGAACUCACUAACAAGUUGGUUAUAUCCAUCAAGGAUGAUGAGUCGCUUGAUGACAUGAGCCACGAGUUACUACCGCAACUAUGGGAGAAACCAGCUGAUGGUUUCGGGUUGCAAAUAAAACAUCUUCAAACUGAGCUUGAAUCAGCAAGGGACAGCUUAAGAAUAAAAGAAAUGGAAGUUCUAGCUUCUCAGAGGGACCUCACUCAAGACGAGGAGCUUAAGAUGGUUAUCGGGAGACUCGAAACAAAAGAAAAAGAAGUAAAGCAAUUGAAAGAAGAGGCAGAAGACGCUAAUGAUCUGAGAAAGCUAUAUGCAUUGGCGCAAGAGAGACUGGGGGAGAAGACCAUUGGAGACUUGGCAAUCGAGAAGCUUCAACUUGAGGCAGCCCAACUAGAAGUUGAAGCUGCGACCGGUGCACUCCACAAACUUACAGAAAUGAGUGGGGAACUUUUACGAAAUGCCAGCCUGAGCAUUGAGGCCGAUGGAAGUAUAUUCUUUCCAAAUGGUUACGAUCCUAGCAUAAGCAUGGUGGAGAACAAUGAAUGUUUAACUGAGGUGACAGCGGAAGUUGCCCGGAUUUCGGCUUUGACUGAUAAGCUUGUGAAAGAGGCUGGUGUUGUAAGUGCAGGGCCUGCUGCAGGUCAGUAGGGGUAAUUUAUGAGCUGGUGAGCUUAUAUCGUGUACAGAUAUGCCACUGAUCUAUUUUCCUAGAUUUGGUGCAGUAAUCGUCUGCAGCACUCACCAUAAGGCAUCUAAUAUGCAGAUGCCAAACCAAUAUAAACGUUGUACAAUGUGUGAUUCAUAAAUGAUUAAUGGUGUUUUUAGUUCGUUAA